AUGACAACGGACAAACGUACUCUUACCAGUUACAUUUUGGCGAACACAAAACGAGAAAAAGCUACAAAUUACAAAACAAUACGUAGAGUGUGUGGGUGCUACAUAGAUAUUUUGAUAUUGCUGUUCAGUCUUAGUGAACGUAGAAGCCCUUUGCUGUUUCUGAUUAUCAUGAAUUCACAAUCUCUUGAAGAAAACGACAUUUUGCAUGAUUCAUCAUAUGCAAAUUGUGACAUCAGAAAACGUCAACGGUCUGAUAAGAUUUCAAAUCUUAUGGGUCAAUAUCUUUUGAAAGGAUGGAGAAUGUUAAACGAAUCUUGUCCUAAAUGUGAGACUAUUCUUUUCCAACAACCAAAUGGUCAGUAUUACUGCGUAGCUUGCUUAGAAGUUGAUCAGGAAAAAUCCAGUUCUAUUAAAGAACCAUUGUUAGAUAGCCAACACUUACUGAACAAACCACAAAAUUUCUCGACAGCAUCGUCACCAUUUCGUAGUGAUGUUGACACUGGUUUACCAAAGAAAUCCACUGAUGCUCAGAUGAAACCGCUUUCCGAUAAUAAAAAAACUUCAACAAAUGCAUGCAGUGAAAUUAGUAUACUAACAGAACUACGUGAAAAAAUCCAUUGGUCUAUGUCUCAAUUGGUGGAGACUACUACACCUAUGGAAAUCCGGCAAUGGGUGGAUACACUCAAGUCUUUAUUAGAUCUAUGGGAUAAAUUGUUAAAAUCUAAUUUUGUCAAGUCCUAA